AUGCCUCCAGCAAGUAUUAGUCUCUGCGUAAACGUUAUUGUUUCUGUCAGCAAGCGCUUCAUCAAGGACCAAGAUGGAAAACUUAUUCUCUUGAGUAAAUACGACUGGAGUACACCCGGUUUGGAAAUCAAAGGAAAGACAGUUAGGCGUUUAAUGAUGGGCAGCCAUGUCAUGUACGAUGCCAUAUUGGAUGAAUUACCUGCCAUUGUCUUGACUAUGAAGGCAGAUUGUCUAAAGUAUGUAGGACCUCUUGCUACUGACAAUCCUAUAGUACCGAAGAGCCUACUAUUGUUCCUGAGAAUAUUAACGACGAGCUCGACGAUUGUUUAG